ACAAUCAAUACAAACCAGAGUCUUACGUCGAUUUGUUGCAUCCGGGUGGGGCCAACACAUUCUUGCUUUCUGAUUGAUCGGCAUGUUUGUUAUGGAAAUGUGUUCUAAUUGCUGAUUGGAUGAAUGCUGCAAAAGGACGAACGCAAUUGGUGGAGGGAAGAACGCGGAAAAGGUCUGACAGGCGUGGAGUUCAGGAUGCGGAAUUAAAACAUCCGCUGUGCUCGAACCGGACUGAAUAUGGCGAGCACCGAGAGCAAAAGUGGGUCCUCAGAAAACUUUCACACAUCCGAACCAAGAGGAUCGGACCAGCCCGGCGCGAGAUGGGGUCCACAGCAUGCAGGUGCUCGAGAGCUUGCGGAGUUAUAUUCGCCAGGAAAAAGAUGUCAGGAAUGGAUCAGUGUGCUUCUUUGCUUUACCCUGAUGGCCUUCAACUUCUGUUACCUGGUAACAUACUUCCACCUGGGACAUACCUGGUACAUCCUCCUGGGCAUCGUGUCUGGGAUCCUGACAGCAGACUUUGCCUCUGGUUUGGUCCACUGGGGUGCUGACACAUGGGGUUCAGUGGAUCUGCCCAUUGUUGGGAAGGCCUUCAUUCGUCCGUUUCGAGAACACCACAUCGAUCCAACAGCUAUAACGCGGCAUGAUUUCAUUGAGACAAAUGGUGAUAACUGUAUGUUGACUAUCAUCCCUCUGGCUAACAUGACCGCAAACUUCUUGAUACUCUCACCAGCUGAGAUCUAUCGGAACUACCCAUGGUACUGUUACGUCUUUGCUUUAGCCAUUUUUGUUACAUUGACAAAUCAGAUUCACAAGUGGUCGCACACAUAUUUUGGGCUUCCACGCUGGGUGACGUUUCUUCAGACCUGUCACAUCAUUUUACCACGGAAACACCACAGAGUUCACCAUGUUUCACCUCAUGAAACCUACUUCUGCAUUACCACAGGCUGGUUGAACUAUCCUCUAGAAAAAUUGGGAUUCUGGAGAAACCUGGAAGAUCUGAUCCAGAGCCUGACAGGAGAGAAACCCAGAUCAGAUGACCUCAGAUGGGCCCAGAAAUCCAAGUAAUCUUCCUCUGCCAGAAACCCAUCUCCCCUACCUCAGACCUGCUUUUAGGAGAACGGUCUUUCUCUAACAACAAGAGGAAUGGCGUGAUAUCAAAGCCCAAAUUAGAAAGCUAUCAAUUUUCCAAAACAUUUAAGAGGAAGGGGGUUGACCGAGUGAUUGAAAGCAAUAUCCAACCUGUUCACUCUAAAGAUCCAAACAUCUAAAUCCUGACUGACAACUUAAGAAACACUUUUUAAAGUGCAAAAAAAAAAAACAAGCAAAUUAAAAUGCCAAUACUUGAACAAAGUGGGCUCUUUUCUGGACACCUCAUCCUCCAACUGCUCAAAGCUUUGCUGAUUAGCUUGUUUCUGAGGGACUGGCCUGUGCUCUUGGGUUUGGCCUUUGGGACUGAUAUCUCUUGCUCUCACCUUUCUCUUGUUUGGGGAUAAAGUGCAGUAAACAAAUGACUUUUGGCUCUUUGAUACAGAGGGCUGAAAAAGUGUCUUCAUCUGGUUUGCUUGAGUCUGAACGGACAGAGCAGCAUCAUAUGCAGUCUAACUUCAGCACGCCUUAAAAGACGAAUCACAGGAAACCUGCUUUGCUUGGCCUCAUCCUUACACCUCUUUCAUUUUUUCAUAAUAAAUACUUUCCUUUGAAACACAUUUGCACAUUCAGCGAUCAGCUGUUGGCCAAGUAUAUUAGAAGUAUUUCCACACAUAGGUUAAUAUUUAGGUGUAGGUGUUUCAGUCUGAAUAAGCCAUGAGAUCUACAUUGGUGUCCUCACUGCUCAACACUGAGAUAACAAAACCCAUUAGACACUCAGAAAAGGCCUCAUAUGUAUCCAUUUUUAUUUUGUGUUAACUUCAUCAAGCUUGACCAGCUGACUGACACAAACUAACACUUUCACUCCAUGGCUUGAGUUUGGGUUUGCGUACAUUUGUUACUUAACAGUUUAUUUUUUAACGCUAGCAUGUUACAUCACACAGCUCGUAGUUCUUAUUUAAUAAUAAUAUGAGAUGCUAAAGGCAAUUACAGCAUGAUGAAAAUGACCGAAUCGACAUCUAGCUGUGACUUACAACUGCUUAUUUAAUGAGCGUUAUACACAUUUUCUUUUAUAAAGCUGCAAUGACAACGCAUUAGGAAAAAAAAUAUUUACUUGAAUUUAUAUUUUAAUACAGCACUAGUCAAAUUAUUAAUUAUUAGAAAUCUUAGAAGAUCUUUGCUUUAAAAAGUGUUGCUAUUCAAGCAGUGUAGUUUAGGCAGUGUUUAUCACGUGUGUGUGGUUAACAUAGUAACAGUCGUUUUAUAAGAUUAAAGAACUGGAAGAAGAAAUCUAAAUAUUUUAUAUGAAAUGUUACGUAAUUGUGAUCGUUUUUGUUGUUGCCAUUAAUUUUCCUGAAUCGGUUGAAUUAUUUUUCUAGCAGAAUAAUAACUUUUACACCCCGUUUGAUUAUCAGUGAAAAUAUUUCAGAUCUUCAGCACUUUAAAUACUCAGAAACGGUAAAUGUCAACCUAAUCAAGUCAUAGCUUAUAGGUUUUAUGCUUGUGUUAAUAUUCAUGCCAAAACCUUGUUAGCGUCAGCAGCAAUGUGUCAGUUGUUGUGUUUCAAUAGGCCAGUAUGGUGAUCGAGUACAUGUUUAGAUACCUCCGCUCUACAGAAGAUCAGAGAAUGUGUUUUAGGGUGAAAACUCAUUUGUCCAGAAUUGUAAAACUGUUACAAUGGAGUCAGUCAGAACUGUAAAAAAGCAUAUAUGAGGCGUUUUAAGCUGAUUCAUGUGUUACAUCUUAUUUUCCUCCUUUUCCGAAUUCAGGAAGAUUUGUGUAGUGGAAUAUUGUGGUAUUUUGAUUAUUCUGAUACUAGAUGCCAAACUUAUUUUUUUGCUCAGCUAAUAGAUCUAUUGUGGUGUGUUCGAUCCGUGUUUAUUUGAAGAGGACACUCCAGUGGCGAUUUCUACUGUACAGGGAACUGGAGCUUGAACCAAUUUGAUUUAGUAAAAUGUUACAUUUGUCAUUGGACUCCACUUGUAUUGUUGGUUUCCAUUCAGUUUUUAUAAUGACAUUUUUCUUUGCACAAACAGUGUGGACUAUCAUAUCAUAUUACAUAGCUCUAUUUUUUUAUU